GGCCAGCGGGGGCCGCUCUCCUGCGUCAGCAGCUCGUCGUCGGCGUCGUCGGGCGCCGGCUCUCUGCCGCGGCCGCCGCUCCGCCGUCGGCAGCGACGCGACAGCGACGACGCCUCGCCCGGGGCAGGAGGGCAUUCGAGCGACCUGUCGUCCUCAUCGACGCUGUCCGUCGGCGCGUCCAGCCCGUUCCACUUCGACGUGGGCCUGAGCCCGGCCUGUCGCGUAGUGGCCGAGAUCGUUCACACCGAAGCCGUCUACGUCAGCGACCUGCGGGAGGUCAUCGAGGGCUAUCUGCUCUACUGGCGGGAAAACCCGAAGCCUUUCAUCACGGAAGAGCACACAGAGUUACUGUUUGGAGACUACCAGGUCAUCUACCGCUGUAACAGGGAGUUCCUGUGUGCUCUGGAGCCGUGCGGUUUGGAUCCGCUGAUGGUGGCUGAGUGUUUCGUGAGCCACCAGGGCCAAUUCGCCGUGUACACAGACUACUGCACUAACUACCCAAGACAUCACCUGACCUUAAGCGGGACCGCUACCACCGGCUGCUGGCCAUGCUUGUCAAGGUCAUGGGCAUACCCGGCCUUUAAUUUCCCCCGGCGCCAGGAAGACACCACAGCACGACCUGUGAUUCUCACGCCCACGCCGCGUGAGCAUUGGGAACGUGAAAGGAACAUGAUGAUGUUCGUUUGUGAUCACGUGUUCGUGCUCAUAGCGUUCCAUGCAGUGUAA